GCAGCUGUUUCAAAAACGGUAGUCGCACCCAUAGAAAGGGUGAAAUUAUUGCUUCAAGUACAAGCUACUUCGAAACAAAUACUUCCGGAAGAGAGAUACAAAGGUAUGAUCGAUGCAUUUAUCCGCAUACCCAAAGAAACUGGUUUCCUCAGUUAUUGGAGAGGCAAUCUAGCUAAUGUAAUACGAUAUUUUCCAACUCAAGCGUUGAAUUUUGCAUUUAAAGACAAAUUUAAAGCUAUAUUUUUGGAAGGCGUGCCGAAAGAUGCAUUUUGGAAGCAGUUCGCUGGAAAUUUGGCAUCUGGUGGAGCUGCUGGAGCCACAUCCCUAUUAUUUGUUUAUCCACUUGAUUUUGCACGUACAAGAUUGGCUGCAGAUAUUGGUAAGGCAGAUAAAAGAGAAUUUCAAGGUUUGGGUGACUGUUUAGUUAAGGUUUUCAAGUCAGAUGGCUUUAUUGGUCUAUAUCGCGGCUUCAGCGUCAGCGUUCAAGGAAUCAUUAUUUACAGGGCAGCAUACUUCGGUCUCUAUGACACUUCGAAAAACCUGCUACCCGAUCCAAAGAACAGUCCAUUGUAUAUUAACUUUUUAAUUGCACAGGUGGUAACGACAGUAGCUGGAAUUUUGUCAUAUCCUUUUGAUACAGUUAGAAGACGUAUGAUGAUGCAAUCAGGUCGUAGUAAAGCAGAGAUGAUGUAUAAAAACACAUUGGAUUGUUGGAUAAAAACAGCUAAAGCUGAAGGUAUCGGAGCAUUUUUUAAAGGCUCAGUUUCAAAUAUACUUCGAGGUACCGGUGGAGCAUUAGUUUUAACAUUCUAUGACGCAAUUCAAGAUGCAAUUGAANACUUGUAA